AUGUUUUCAGGUGCUUAUUCUAAGAAAUCAAUCACAACAACCACAAACACAAGCACACCCAAGAGACCUGAAUUCCCACUGCAGUGUACCGAAGGAAUUAAUGUGACACAAGGUUGUCCAAGAACCUACCCUACCACACACGACCCCGCAAAUCCUAGCCGUCCAUCCAAUCUCACAUGCCCAUCAUACUUCCGAUGGAUCCACGAAGAUCUACGGCCAUGGAAAGAGACGGGAAUCACGAGGGACAUGACAGAGCGGGCCCGCAUGACUGCGGAUUUUAGGCUCUUGAUCGUGGACGGCAAGGCUUACAUAGAGAAGUAUAGACAAUCCUUUCAAACUAGGGAUAUGUUUACAUUAUGGGGCAUUUUGCAGCUUCUAAGGGUGUACCCCGGUAGAUUGCCUGACUUGGAGCUCAUGUUUAAUUGUGGUGAUAUGCCUGUCAUCCCAUCAAAGGACUUUCGGGGCCCAAAUGCUAGCCCGCCGCCAUCGUUUCAUUAUUGCGCGGAUGAGGGGAGCUUGGAUAUUGUGUUCCCAGAUUGGUCUUUUUGGGGCUGGGCUGAGAUCAAUAUAAAACCAUGGAGAAGCAGUAAAUAUAUUUUUCUUUGCCUGCAUUGGGUUGUUAACAUUGAUUAA